CUCUCUGGGCGGGGUGGGGCCGUCGCCAGAAGGUCUGGUGAGCGCCCGCUUCGGCCGCUCCACUGGCCCGGUCUCUCUCGGCGUCUGGCUGCGCGCUCAGUCCAGCACCAUGGGGAAGCGGGACAACCGGGUGGCCUAUAUGAACCCAAUAGCAAUGGCCAGAUCAAGGGGUCCAGUCCAGUCUUCAGGGCCUACAAUCCAAGAUUAUCUGAAUCGACCAAGGCCUACCUGGGAAGAAGUGAAAGAACAGCUAGAAAAGAAAAAGAAAGGCUCCAAGGCAUUGGCUGAAUUUGAAGAAAAAAUGAAUGAGAACUGGAAGAAAGAACUAGAAAAACACAGGGAGAAAUUAUUAAGUGGAAGUGAGAGCUCAUCCAAAAAAAGACAGAGAAAGAAAAAAGAAAAGAAGAAAUCUGGUAGGUAUUCAUCUUCUUCUUCAUCAAGCUCUGAUUCUUCCAGCAGUUCUUCAGAUUCUGAAGAUGAGGAUAAGAAACAAGGAAAAAGGAAAAAGAAAAAGAAGAACCGUUCACAUAAAUCUUCUGAAAGCUCCAUGUCAGAGACUGAAUCAGACAGUAAGGAUAGUUUAAAAAAGAAAAAGAAGUCAAAGGAUGCAAGUGAGAAAGAAAAGGACAUUAAGGGGCUCAGCAAAAAGAGAAAGAUGUAUCCUGAAGAUAAACCUUUAUCAUCUGAGUCUUUGUCAGAGUCAGAUUAUAUUGAGGAGGUACGGGCAAAAAAGAAGAAAAGCAGUGAAGACAGAGAAAAAGCAACAGAAAAGACAAAAAAGAAAAAGAAGCAUAAGAAACACAGUAAGAAAAAGAAAAAGAAGGCUGCUAGUUCAAGUCCUGACUCACCGUGAAAGGCAAAAUCAGGAUUCCCUUAUAAAGAAAGUGCAAUGUCUGAGGAGAUCUCAACUGUGAAAAUAAUGACAUAUUUACUAAAAUGCAUGACCUUUGUUGUUUCUAGAAUUAUUCCUGGAUUGUUCAGUAGCCACUCAGAUGCCGCUGUGUGAAAGGGCUAUAAGAGUUGCCUGCUCCUUGAACAUCUGUCUUCAUUCUCUUCCAUUGCUUAAUAACUCUGGGAGAUAAUACACUGCAGUUGUACUAGUGGUUGAUACUUGGGAAUAAAGUUAAUAUUUUUGACUAGAAUUAUCUAAUGAUAAAUGAACAGAAAUUGAGUCUGGAUACAUCAUUAAGGUGUAAACAGAAAUGAUCAGAUGACUCUAGUUAAUGUUUUUGAAGUAGGGAUUACAUUGAUAUUUUAAAAUCCUUACUCUGUAGAUAAGUGUAUUUUAAUUUUUUCCCCCUGUAUACUUUUAUUUACUUGGGGAAGGAGCUUUUAAGGGUGGAGAUGGUUUGCUAUUUCUUUAGCUAGCAGAAUAGCGUGCCUUUUGUCCUCACACAUCCUAUUUUUGCGGACACAGUAGCCAUGCUUCAUGAGGAGGUCAGAGCUGGGUAUGGCAGUCUUGCGCUUUAUUGAGCUUAGUAACAUCCUUGGUCUCUCAUGCUGCUUUGAGUGAAUCAGAGAAGCAGCCUUUUGCAGCACGAGAAAGCCCCAGAAGCUCUGGAAUUUACCUCCACUUCAAUAAUACUGAAUGAUUUUUUAGCAUUAGAAUGUGUUGUAACAUUUGGAUUAAUUUUGACUACACUUUGGCUUUGGGAAGGAGUCAUUUCCAAUAGACACUGGUACUUUUUGAACUUGAUAGCUAAAGAUUCUAAAAUGCAUGUUUUAUACUGUUAAGUUUUAACCAGUCAGGAAUAUUUUAUGUAACCAGUGAUAGCUAUUUUUUGUAUGAAUUUUGUUUAGGCUGUAAUGUUUAGCUUUUAUUAACUUUUUAUUCUUGCUAUCUUAAAUUCCUUACUGCAUUUAAUGGCGUUCUUGCCAAAAUAUUUAGCAUGUGAAAAGCAGAGUUUAGAUUUGGUUUGGUUGGUUUUGUUUGUAACAGCUUCAUAUUGAAGCUGAGACUUACCAUACACAAGUUGAGUGGCAGGCCUGGUAUGCUGUGUCUUGUUACAUAAAGCUCUUGCCAGAAUCUUAGUAAAUAUAAUGUUUUAAAAGUUUGUCUUUGUAUAUUCAUAAAAAACAUGACAAGUUAAACUUAAGUGAGAAUUACAUUAUUGCUCUUUCUGUGUCAUUUUACUAAGAUUUUGUGCCUCGUAUCUCCUGCUGUGAAUUGUUUACUAGUUAUGUUAAAAGGAACUAAGUCAUUUUCACUUUACAUUUUUAUAUAAUCGGGUAAUAUGAAAUAUAAUUUGAUGUAUAACUUUGCCUGUGUGCUAAUUACAGUGGUAUAUGCACAAAACAUUUUGGCAUGACAAGAGGCUGAAUAAAUAGCUAUUUUACUUAAAAA